GGCUCGCCCAUGGAAGCAGGCACCUUUUUCGACCCUGCUGUUGGAAAAGAUUUGUUGAUGUCGAAAUCCGAGUGAAGGGAAGCAACGAAGCGAAACUUUAAAAGGAACCCCACUGUCCUCCGAGUCCGGAGCGAUGCGACUCGGGCGGCCGGGCGCCGCUGCUUGCCUCGCUUCGUCCUUCCCGGUGGUCGGGAACUUGUUCUGAUCCUCAGUGCUCCCAUCGAGUCCCCGCCCUCCACCCUUCGGCACUCUGGAUAUGUUUUCUCCCAGAUCUGGAUAUUUUUUUGAUAUCGUGAAACUACGAGGGAAAUAAUUGCAGGGGUUUCUUCUGGGCUCCCUGCGUCUGCCCCACGGACAUGCCUUCAGUCUGGGGAGUCGAGGCACCUCGUCCUAGGCGAAUGAAACCCCCCAGCCACGAGGGAGCGAAAUGAAGGGAAAUUCUGCAGUGGAAUGAGAGCUCUACAAGCUAGGUCUUCGCAUCUGCCAUUUGUCCUUUCAAACUGCAUUGUAAUCCGGGCAGGAUAAAUCAGACGAAGAGCAGCCUCCUGGCCGGAUUUCUCCGCCCGAAUUUACUUUCCAGAUUUCUUUUAUUUGCCCUCCUGCUUCUUGGCUGGCUCAGGGAUGACUUCCUCGCUGCAGCGACCCUUUCGGGUGCCCUGGCUGCUAUGGGCCGUCCUGUUGGUCAGCACUACGGCUGCUUCCCAGAAUCAAGAACGGCUGUGUGCAUUUAAAGAUCCAUAUCAACAAGACCUUGGGAUAGGCGAGAGUCGAAUCUCUCAUGAAAAUGGGACAAUAUUAUGCUCCAAAGGGAGCACAUGUUACGGUCUGUGGGAGAAAUCAAAAGGGGACAUCAAUCUUGUGAAACAAGGAUGUUGGUCUCACAUUGGUGAUCCCCAAGAGUGUCACUAUGAAGAAUGUGUAGUAACUACCACCCCACCCUCAAUUCAGAAUGGAACAUACCGUUUUUGCUGUUGUAGUACAGAUUUAUGUAAUGUCAACUUUACUGAGAACUUUCCACCUCCUGAUACAACACCACUCAGUCCACCUCAUUCAUUUAAUCGAGAUGAAACAAUAAUCAUUGCUUUGGCAUCGGUUUCUGUAUUAGCUGUUUUGAUAGUCGCCUUAUGUUUUGGAUACAGAAUGUUGACAGGAGACCGGAAACAGGGUCUUCACAGUAUGAACAUGAUGGAGGCAGCAGCUGCAGAGCCCUCUCUUGACCUGGAUAACCUGAAGCUGCUGGAGCUGAUUGGACGGGGCCGAUAUGGAGCAGUAUAUAAAGGUUCCUUGGAUGAGCGUCCAGUUGCUGUAAAAGUAUUUUCUUUUGCAAACCGUCAGAAUUUUAUAAAUGAAAAAAACAUUUACAGAGUGCCUUUGAUGGAGCAUGACAACAUCGCUCGUUUUAUAGUUGGAGACGAGAGGCUCACUGCAGACGGACGCAUGGAGUAUUUGCUUGUGAUGGAGUAUUAUCCCAAUGGAUCUCUGUGCAAAUAUCUGAGUCUCCACACAAGUGAUUGGGUAAGCUCUUGCCGUCUGGCUCAUUCUGUGACUAGAGGACUGGCUUAUCUUCACACAGAAUUACCACGAGGAGAUCAUUAUAAACCUGCAAUUUCCCAUCGAGAUUUAAACAGCAGAAAUGUCCUGGUAAAGAAUGAUGGCACCUGUGUUAUCAGUGACUUUGGUUUAUCCAUGAGGCUAACUGGAAAUAGGCUGGUGCGCCCAGGGGAAGAAGAUAAUGCGGCCAUUAGUGAGGUUGGCACCAUUCGCUAUAUGGCACCAGAAGUGCUAGAAGGAGCUGUGAACCUGAGGGACUGUGAGUCAGCUCUGAAGCAAGUGGACAUGUAUGCGCUUGGACUGAUCUACUGGGAGGUGUUUAUGAGGUGUACAGACCUCUUCCCAGGUGAAUCUGUACCAGAUUACCAGAUGGCUUUUCAGACAGAAGUUGGAAACCAUCCCACAUUUGAGGAUAUGCAGGUUCUUGUGUCGAGAGAAAAGCAGAGACCCAAGUUCCCAGAAGCCUGGAAAGAAAAUAGCCUGGCAGUGAGAUCACUCAAGGAAACAAUCGAAGACUGCUGGGAUCAGGAUGCAGAGGCUCGGCUCACUGCACAGUGUGCCGAGGAGAGAAUGGCUGAACUCAUGAUGAUAUGGGAGAGAAACAAGUCUGUGAGUCCAACGGUCAAUCCAAUGUCGACUGCUAUGCAGAAUGAACGCAACCUGUCACAUAAUAGGCGUGUGCCAAAAAUCGGGCCUUACCCAGAUUAUUCCUCUUCCUCAUAUAUCGAAGACUCCAUCCAUCACGCUGACAGCAUUGUGAAGAAUAUUUCCUCUGAGCAUUCGAUGUCCAGCACACCAUUGACAGUAGGAGAGAAGAACCGAAACUCAAUUAAUUAUGAACGACAGCAAGCACAAGCUCGAAUCCCUAGCCCAGAAACAAGUGUCACAAGCUUGUCCACAAAUACAACCACCACAAACACCACAGGCCUCACUCCAAGUACUGGCAUGACCACUAUAUCUGAGAUGCCAUACCCUGAUGAGACACAUUUGCAUGCCACAAAUGUUGCACAGUCAAUCGGGCCAACCCCUGUCUGCUUACAGCUGACAGAAGAAGACUUGGAGACUAAUAAGCUAGACCCAAAAGAAGUUGAUAAGAACCUCAAGGAAAGCUCUGAUGAGAAUCUCAUGGAGCAUUCUCUGAAGCAGUUCAGUGGGCCAGACCCAUUGAGCAGUACCAGUUCUAGCUUGCUUUAUCCACUCAUAAAGCUUGCAGUGGAAGUGACUGGACAACAGGACUUCACACAGGCUGCAAAUGGGCAAGCAUGUUUAAUUCCUGAUGUUCCACCUGCUCAGAUCUAUCCUCUACCUAAGCAACAGAACCUUCCUAAGAGACCUACUAGUUUGCCUUUGAACACCAAAAAUUCAACAAAAGAACCCCGGCUAAAAUUUGGCAACAAGCACAAAUCAAACUUGAAACAAGUAGAAACUGGAGUUGCCAAGAUGAAUACAAUCAAUGCAGCAGAGCCUCAUGUGGUGACAGUAACUAUGAAUGGUGUGGCAGGUAGAAGCCACAAUGUUAAUUCCCAUGCUGCCACAACCCAGUAUGCCAAUGGGGCAGUGCCAUCUGGCCAGGCAACCAAUAGGGCCCAAGAAAUGCUGCAGAACCAAUUUAUUGGUGAGGAUACCAGGCUGAAUAUCAAUUCCAGUCCUGAUGAGCAUGAACCUUUACUGAGACGAGAACAACAGGCUGGCCAUGAUGAAGGGGUUCUUGAUCGUUUGGUAGACAGGAGGGAGCGGCCAUUAGAAGGUGGCCGAACUAAUUCCAAUAACAACAACAGCAAUCCGUGUUUAGAACAAGAUGUCCUUACACAAGGUGUUACAAGCACAGCUGCAGAUCCUGGGCCAUCAAAGCCCAGAAGAGCACAGAGGCCCAAUUCUCUGGAUCUUUCAGCCACAAAUAUCCUGGAUGGCAGCAGUAUACAGAUAGGUGAGUCAACACAAGAUGGCAAAUCAGGAUCAGGCGAAAAGAUCAAGAGACGUGUGAAAACUCCAUACUCUCUCAAGCGGUGGCGGCCGUCCACCUGGGUCAUCUCCACCGAGCCGCUGGACUGUGAGGUGAACAACAACGGCAGUGACAGGGCUGUCCAUUCUAAGUCCAGCACUGCUGUGUACCUCGCAGAGGGAGGCACGGCCACAACCAUGGUGUCUAAAGAUAGAGGAAUGAAUUGUCUGUGAGAUGUUUUCAAGCUUAUGGAGUGAAUUAUUUUUUGCAUCAUUUAAACAUGCAGAAGACAUUUAAAAACAAACAAACAAACAAACUGCUUUAACCUUCUGUCAGCGCCCCUUCCCACCCUUGCAGCAAGGACUUGCUUUAAAUAGAUUUCAGCUAUGCAGAAAAUUUUAGCUUAUGCUUCCAUAUUUUUUAAUUUUCUUUUUUAAGUUUUGCACUUUUGUUUAGUCUCGCUAAAGUUAUAUUUGUCUGUUAUGACCACAUUAUAUGUGUGCUUAUCAAAAGUGGUCUCAAAAUAUUUUUUUUAAGAAAAAAGCAAAAACAAUGUAUUUACUGAUAAUCAGUUUGGACCAUUUUCUAAAGAUCAUUAAAACAGAAGCAAAUUAAGACAGGUUUGACUGCAAUGGUGUCUGGUAUCCAUGUUUUAUUUCUGGGCACAAGCUAGUUUUUAUGUUAACAUGUUUUUGACCAUAAUCUGUUGGACAUUCUUUUCUCUUGUAUUUUAUUUGAAUGUGCAAUAGUCUAUAGACCACAAAGAAGCUUUCUUAUCUGCUCUCUUCCUAGCAGGGCACACAUUGUUCCAUUGUUGAAAUAUUUUCCCCUGUUCUUCGAUAAUAUGAACAUUUUCUAGCUUUCUCCUUAUGGAGGUGCAUAGAUGCUGUCCAAAGGGCUCCACAAAGGACUUACCAGAACCUGUUUUGAAAUGCCUUUGUCUUCUAACCUUCCAAAUGCUAAGUGUCCCUCCCAGGCAUUGUAACAAACAUCUCUGGUUCUGAUUUUGGAAGUUCAUAAGAGAGCAUAGAACAAAACAGAAGAAAGCAAAUAUUAGCCUUUUCCAUUUUAUUUUUCUAUGUAUAUGUUCAUGUCUGUAUUCAUUAUUUAAGAAAUAUUUUUUAUCAGAAAAUGUAUAGAGCUAAACCUACAUGGAAUUUUUAAGUAAAUAGCUGGGCAAGAUGAUUAGUAUAGUAACUUUCAUUUUCUGACCAUCACAAAUUAAAUUACAUUUUCUAUUUAUAAUAACUUCAGAAGUAAGUGAUAGUUGAUUUGAAUCUAUAGUAUUGUUUCCCAGCAUAGCCUAUGUGAAAAAUGUUUCCUCCUCCCAUGACCUAAAACACUGUGGAAAGCUCAUCCAGCCAGCACGCCAGAUCCUAUGGAAGAGAAGCUUGCCGCCAGCCUUACCACCAUUGAGCAGGCUAAGACCGGCCCUCUGUCUGUCCUAAGUUUAUUUCUUCACUAAUCCCGAUUUUGUAGUUCCUCUUUUUGCCAGUUUCACAUGUCCUUUGACUUCGAGCAGCAUUCACUAUGUAUGUUGUAGUAGAGCAUGCUUCUUGUGAUGGUGUGCCGUGACAUUGCUUCUUUUGUCACUAAUGAUUUCUGAAACAACAGUUUCUGUGUCUUUUAAUAAAGCACUUUCUGUCAAAAAUUUAGGAAUUUUCCCUAAACAUUGCUUUAUAUCAGUUUGCAGACAAAUUGUUCUCCUGUUUUUUCAGAUUCUCAGACUCCCUAAUAUCCAUUAUCUGAUUAUGUUUUCAAUUUUAACAGGGAGAUAAAAAGUUAAGUGCAGAUCUCCAAAUUUCUGAUUUUGGUUCUCAUGUCCUGAACACUGUUUUCUCGUCAGUAAUCCUCUUUCCUUUCAUUUAACUCAUGCACGAGCUUCCUUCACUUGCCAUCUGCCAUGCUCUGGGGUCACAGCAUUUCCCGUUUAUUCAGCUGACUGGAGCUCUCAGUUCUUAGGAUUAAGAUUAUCUCACUUGUGCCCAGUACUCCUUUCUCACUUUUGUGUUUCAUUGGCCCCUCUUGUGGUUCAGAGUCUUAAUAUAUGUUUUUGUCUUCUGGCAUACAGUUGUUUUUUUGUUUUUGUUUUUGUUGUUGUUGUUUUGUUUUUUUUCUAAUUAGUUACUGUCCUUUGUCUAUGUAACAAAUAAUUUCACUUAUUUCUUUUGUCCAAAUGGCUUUCAAGUACAUUUCAGAAUUUUUAUUUUUCAGCUCUAGGACAACUUUAAAUCAAAAUAAAUUACAUUCCUCCCAUCUCCAACUUGAAACAUUAAGAAUAAAUGACCCUUUGAGGUCCAGCUGAUCUUUUCCCAUCAGAAAAAUUGUCUUACAUUCUGAUACAGUUUGUAUUAGGGCCAGUCAGUUGUGAAUUUUCUAAGUCCUUAAUGUUUAAUAAUAGAAUGCUUUAAAAAUUAAUAUGCCAGAUAAAAGAAAUCUCUAUAGUUUCCCAUCUCAUGCAAAUAUAUUUAAAACAAAUAAUUCCUUGAACUGCUUGAAGAAUAGGAAAGGUAGUAAGUAUAGGUCAUUUUAAUAAGUUUUGAAAUCUAUAAUACACAGCAUGCAGAAAUCCCUGUAAUAAAUUACUAGUUAGAUUUAUCUAAUCUGAUUCUUGAAGCUGAAAUGAAAUUUACCUUAAAAUUUCACACACAAAAUUUAAUUUUAGGCCAUUUGAAUAAAAGUCAUUCAAUUUAAAAAGAUUUCUCUGGACAGUAAUAUAAUCUUAAAAGCAUCAUAAUAGGGCAUCAGAUAUGCUGUUAGUUCCCUUAAGAAAAUAUUAGUUGCAGGGCUAGAGAGAUGGCAUCAAAAUAACAGUGCUUCCUGCGCUGGACCCAAGUUCAGUUCCCAGCAGCUACAUGGCAGCUCACAAAACUUCCACAGAAUCCAAUUUUCUUUCUGGGCCUCCACUGACAUGCAUGUAACACCCCAUCCCACCCAACACACACAUACACAUAACUAUAAAGACAAAAGUAAAUCUAAAAUACUAGUUAUAUGCCAGAGCUAAGCAAUGGAAAGAACUUGGUUUGAAUUAUGUAUAGAAUAAAAUUAUUUAAAUAAAAAUCCUAAAUAAUUUAAGUGUAUAAUUUAAAAAACUCUCCUACUGUAGACAUUUGUGAAGACAUGCUAAAAACUGGCAUUACAUACACUUAUUUUUUCAUCCUCAGAGCAACCAUAUUAUAAUUAAGAGAAAGUUUGUCUAAGUGUCAUACCCAGACACACUGGGUAUUUCACCCUGGGUCUUUCUCCAUGUGUCUUUUAUGCACAACACACGGUCUACAUUCUGUAUGAACUGAUGUGCAGUAUCCUGACAUAUGCUGUACUCCAGCAGACGUGUGGUUUGUGUGUAAGCCAAACCAGGUACCUUAAUGAUCUUAAGUUAGGGAAACAUGAAGCUCCAUAAUCAUUAUUGCUUAAAAACAAUUACUAAUUCAAUGCAAAGUUCAGCCUACAUCUUAAACGUUGUUUUGUCUGUCUCCGAGUAUUUUUACAUUGCAGAAUGAAAGGUAAAGUAGAAAAAAGUGAAGGUAGCAAAGGAAGCAGGGGCUCCCUAAUGUGAUCCCAUACCUCACUUGGAAAAAAGAGUUACAUGUAAAUUUGCUGUCUUCUCAGUCCCUUGACUUCCAUCUUUAAAAUGUCAGUUUUACCAAUGUCAGAAAAACUGUUACUCCAGAGAACUAAAUAAUCUGUAGAAAGGAUGCAAGAUCCAUCCUCUUUUUAUAAAGCAGGCUUCUGUGCAAUGUGUAUACUUGUUCCAGAACCUGUGUGUUGGUUCUGAAUGAGAACAUAAGCAGCAUCACAUCAGUGGGAAUUACAGAUCUUCUUUAAAAUAUUUCCAAGUUUGUCUUCUGAAUCCCAAAGGAACAUCUGAUAUGGUACAGCUAUCACUUGUACUUUUACUCUCUGUUAAUUAGUCAUUUAAAAUAGAAAACAAUCAAUAAACGUUGGUUUCCUCUUAC